AAUUGAUAUAUUCUCAAUUGCGCUUCCUUUACAGAAUAACAAUGAAAUAUAUAGAAUAGAACAUUACAAAAUAGAGCGAUUUCGACGGCUCUGUUUAAAACAAUAUUCUCUACAAGACAAUGAACACCACUCAUACAGUAAAUUCACGAGGGUUGGCCAACAAGCGAAAAUUCAUAGAUGAACGCAUACAUAUACUUAUAUAGUAAAUAACACCACACAUAGGAGUGUUCAACAUAACAUUUGUUAUAAUUUAAGGUGGGCCUCGAAAACUUCAAAAGUCAGAAUAGUUAUGAGAUUUUCUUUUGUAGCAAAAGAAUCAAGUGCGUAAAUUUGUUUGGGUCCAUAACAUGAAAAAAGUCAAUAGUUGAAUAGAUUAAUAUUGAUAUGAAAAUAGCGAGCAAGCAUCAUUGUGUUUGUUUACAUGCCAAAUUUUACAAGGUUUUGGCCAUCAUUUCAAUUAGCUUAUAAAAAAGUAAUAUCAAGAAUAUGUGCUAGAUCAUAAAAUUGUUUCAAAUACAUAUGUAUAUUGCAUAUAUAUGAAAAAAUUAAUAAUCGGUAAUCACUCAACAUAAAGUUUCAACAUUAAAAUUAUACAGUAAAAAAAAAACAAAAUAGUUGAGUCACCUUUUUUAACACGCAUAGAACAGCUAAAUAAAGUAGCCAAAUGGAGGACUACAAAUUUCUAUUCAAAAUUGUACUUGUUGGCAAUGCGGGUGUGGGAAAAACUUGUUUGGUGCGCCGUUUCACACAAGGAUUAUUUCCACCUGGUCAAGGUGCCACCAUUGGCGUUGAUUUUAUGAUCAAAACAGUAGAAGUUGAGGGCGAAAAAAUAAAGCUUCAAAUUUGGGAUACUGCAGGUCAGGAACGUUUCCGUUCAAUAACCCAAAGUUAUUAUCGAUCAGCACAUGCAUUGAUACUUGUAUAUGACAUAAGUUGCCAACCGACAUUCGACUGCUUGCCCGACUGGUUGCGUGAAAUACAGGAAUAUGCUAAUUCGAAAGUUUUGAAAAUACUCGUUGGUAAUAAAACCGAUCGAGAUGAUCGGGAAAUACCAACACAAAUUGGUGAGGAAUUUGCGAAACAACAUGAUAUGUAUUUUCUUGAAACAUCAGCUAAAGAAGCCGAAAAUGUUGAACGUCUAUUUUAUGAGAUUGCAGCUGAACUAAUCGAUCAGGCGCGGAGUAAAGACGGCUCAAAUGCAAAUAAAACUACCGCAGAUGCAAUUGGACUUGGAAAUUUUGGCACAAAAGCAACACAAAAUAGUUGUUGUAGCGGUUUUAGCAGCAAUACUGGUCAAACAAAUAGCGAAAGCAGUAACAGUAGAAGCAACACUUAGGCAAUAGUGGGUGAAACCAAUAUAUACCAUAUUUGACGAACAUAGCUUUUGGAAAUGUAUAAAAUUAAGGUUUGAUAUGUACAUGGAUAUGUAGUCACAUCAGUAUUUGUAGUUUGUAGUAUUGGUCUGUUGAAUAUUUGUUUUUAAGUGCAGCAGUCCAUACGAAAUGGUAAAUCACGAAAAUUGAAGUAUACUUGCAUUCCACUCUAUUGCAAUGUGACUACAAAAACAAUUUUAUUAUGUGUUUUCGAUCAAAUCCAUGUAUACAAUUUCAAGUUUUCAACAUAUCUUGAAAUAUAUAGCAUAACAAUGGCGUGUCGCCUAUUUUGGUUUCGACUAACUUUUAUAUAAGAAGAUUGUAUUGAUAAUGUGAGCCAAAUGCUAAGCUAAUCCGAAAAAAGGAUAAAUACAUGUAAGUUCUUAGGCACACAUAUGUUUGUGCUUAUGUAUUUAUAUAAAUGAAAACAAGUGGUUUGUCUGUUUGAAAUGUUUGAGUUAGAUACCUUUUUAAAGUUACAGUUUUAAUUUAGCGCUAAGUAAUAAGUCAACAAAUAAUUUAAACAGACACAUUGAUGACAAUUUUCAAUUAACACUUUAAGUGUGUUACUUUCAUCCGUCCUGGUAAUACUAUAUGCAGUUGUUUGUUAAAUCAACUAAAUAUGUUCUUAUUGUAUUAUUUUUUAUUAUAAUAAUUUUUAAUAUAAAAUAAACAAUCUAAAGGCAGUAUU